CCUAAAAUUGAAUUUUUCCAAAAAAUUCCAAAAACAGACGGUGGGCCGAAAAUUUCCAACAGCAGGAGCCAGGCUGAGCCAAAAAUAUCUUGUGGCUCAGCCUGGCUCCGACCACCGAUUUCCGUCGGCCCAGCCUGGUUCCGGCCGUCGGAAUUUUUCGGCCCGGCCAGGUUCCGGCGGCCGAAAAUUUUCGGCCCACCGUCUGGUCGUUUCAAAUCGGCGGAAAAAUUGUUCGAAACUACAAAAAAUUUACGCACCUGCUUAGUGAUGAUUCAUGGAUGCAUGUACGCAGUAUAUGUCGAGGAUAGACUUUCCCGAUGAUUUUCCGGUGAAUUUUCCGGCGACCGUCGAAUUUUUCUGAUUCAAUACGUUCUCUGAAAGUUGGAUAUGUUGUAGAUUGUGAAACUCCUUAACCAAAGAUGUACAUAUAUACUUUUUAUUUUUUUGUUGGCGGCAAGUAGCAAUUUGGUUGGCGGCAAAUAGCAAGCCCAUAAUAUUAUACAUGUAUUGUCGAAUUUGAUACAUUGUAGAAUACAACGUUUGGUAUGUGUUUUGUAUGUCGCAUCAGCUAAAAAUUGAGACAAAACAAUCACAACUCAACUAUCUCAACAAUCACAACUAAAAGUUGAGAUAUAACAAUUACUCAAACUGAGUGAUAGUUUCUGUCACAUAAUAGAAACAAUCCAUGUAUUGUUUUUGCUAAAAAACAAAAACAAAAAACGAUGCAUUGUAAACAAUACAUGUAUAAUGACAAUCUCAAUAAAACAAUCGUAAGUUUGGCAUUGUAAACAAUACAUGUAUAAUGACAAUCUCAACAAAACAAUCGUAACUUCCAAACCAAUCUUAAAUGAUUUUAAACUUUGAAUAAAUUGAAAGCGCAAAUGUAAAAAUUUGACUAAAGGAUCAUACCAAAUGUUUUAACGGUGUAUGGAGGGGUGAGUCAUUUCCAUGAACAGAGUUGGACUAGCACCACCAUUGAUCAGGAUCAAUCCCACCCAAAACAAAGACGACAUCUCUUUUUAUCUCUUUUCUUUCCAAUUCCCAACAUGGAAAGGAUAACAGGAAUCACCCCUGUUGAAAAACGACGAAUGAAGCAUCAAAUCUACUCACUAUUCCACUGGGAUGAAAUGUGAACCAUGUGUCUGUCUGAAAAGUGAGAAUCACUUCCGAGUAAAAAAAGAAUGGCUUUCCUUGCAUGCAUUUGAGUGAAUGUGAUUCCAUGUACUUUUCAAGCAUAACAACCCUUGAAAUUGGGUUCAAACCCCAUCAUCUACAUAUCAACAAAGAAGAACAAGUAACACAUGUGCCUUGUCUCAUCAUAAACCAACUAUGCAAUUCGAAAGCGUAACAGGGCUCGAGUUUGCAAUGUGGCCUGACGAUCAUAGAAGCAGAGAUGCACUUCGAUGCAUCUCAUCUCUCGUCGUUGGAUCGAAUUCGUCGAAUCCGGCAAUGGCGCCAUCAAAAACACCGUCCUGCAAAUAACCCUGAAACACACCAUAGAGCACAAUCUUAGCCCCUGUAAUCUCUAAAAUAUCUUUCACUAAUGAUCGUGAUUCUCUGUCCCGAUCCGUUGCACACCCGCUAGUUAUUAGCACAUGACCCCUCAACUUGGAUAGUACUUAGUAGUCUAGUGGUCUAAUUAACUAUUGGGUUAAUUGUAUUGGGUAAAACAAAUCCUCAUUUGACCGGUAACGUGGUAGCGCCGCCCGAGACAGAGAGCUGAGUUUUUCAAAUCCGCCUCCCGUUAUAUCUCGUCCGACGACCGAAACCCAGAAAUAGAGAGGAAGGAAAUGGCUGUCACUAAACGGCCGAACGCCGGCGCAAUCGCCCCGCUCUUUCUCCUAUCGACGGCCGCAUUAAUCCUCGCCUGCGCAAUCGCCACCUCACACCUCCCCAUCGAGGAAGCCACCGUCGAACAAAUCCAGCAGGCAUUCGCCCAAAAUCAGCUCACAUCCAAACAGCUGGUCAACUUCUACUUUGACCAGAUCCGGGCCCUGAAUCCCCUGCUCCGCGGGGUGCUGGAGGUCAACCCGGACGCGCUCCGGCAAGCGGAGCAGGCAGAUCGCGAGAGGGCGGCUGGCCGUUCGUUGGGCGAUCUGCACGGGAUCCCGAUCCUGCUGAAGGACGGGAUCGGGACGAAAGACGCGCUCAACACGACGUGUGGGUCGUACGCUCUGCUGGGCUCCGUGGUGGCGCGUGACGCCGGGGUGGUGGAGCGUCUGCGGUCAGCCGGGGCGGUGAUACUGGGGAAGGCCAGCCAGAGCGAGUGGUACAACGUCCGGUCGUUCUCGAUUCCCGGCGGCUGGUGUGCCCGAAGCGGUCAGGCCGUGAACCCUUACGUGGAAGGCGGGAAUCCAUGUGGGUCGAGCAGCGGGUCGGCCGUAUCGGUAGCAGCCAACAUGGUCGCCGUCUCACUAGGAACAGAGACCGACGGUUCGAUCCUCUGCCCGGCUGACCGCAACUCGGUGGUCGGGAUCAAACCAACCGUCGGGCUAACCAGCCGGGCCGGAGUGAUUCCAAUCUCCCCUCGUCAGGACACAAUCGGGCCUAUAUGCAGGACAGUGUCCGACGCGGUGUACGUUCUCGAAGCGAUCGUGGGCUACGAUCCUCGAGACCACGAAGCGACGAAAGAGGCAGCUGGGUUUGUACCCUUGGGCGGGUACAAGCAGUUUCUGAAACGGGAUGGACUCAGGGGGAAGAGGAUAGGCGUAGUGAGGAGUCCGUUCUUGGAUUCUGUCAAUGAUUCGACCGUUUUAACCGCGUUCGAGCUCCACCUCAAGGUGUUUAGGCGAGGAGGUGCGACAGUGGUGGAUCAUCUGGAGAUUGCCGAGAUAAAUGUGAUUCUGGAUCCGUUUAAGAGCGGGGAAGUUCCUGUCUUGAUGGCGGAGUUCAAGGUUGGGAUCAAUCAGUACCUCGAAGAGCUCAUCGAAUCGCCUGUUAGGUCCCUGGCAGACAUCAUCGCUUUCAACAUCAACAAUCCGGAGCUGGAAAACAUGAAGGAGUAUGCACAGGACCUGUUGGUUGCAGCUGAAACGACAAACGGUAUAGGGGAGCAGGAAGUCGGAGCGAUACAGUUAAUGGAGAAUCUGUCGCUAGAAGGCUUCGAAGGACUGAUGAAGCAGCACCAGUUAGAUGCUAUGGUGACGUUCGGCGCAGAUGCUGCUCCGGUGCUGGCUAUGGGAGGAUACCCUGCAAUUUCAGUCCCUGCUGGUUAUGAUGGCAAGGGAAGCCCCUUUGGGAUUGCUUUUGGAGGAUUGAAAGGCACCGAGCCGAAGCUGAUCGAGAUUGCUUAUGCCUUCGAGCAGGCCACCAACAUCCGCAGACCUUCAAAGCUGCAAUGUGAAAUUUGAGUGUCUUUCCAUCCACUUACACUUUCCUUCUAGUAGUUCUGCUUUGCUUUAGUGCCAAAUCAAAAGGUUCCCUUUGAGAUGCCCCAAUGGUAUGUAUCGCGAUCGCUAUUCCUAGAUUUGAAUGAAUAAAACUCAGCCAUCAAUGCACUGUUAUUUGCAGCAGAAGGGAAAAGAUGAAAAGGGCAGAUGAUUGCAAUGAGGAAUAUCAGAAAUGUACUACUUAUAUAUCAUAUCAUAGCUGAGAAAUGGGUUCUGUUGAUCACCAAUAACAAAAGGCAUAAGCUUUC